CCCUAACGGAGUUCAGACAGCGUCACAGUUUUGAUACUCGUUUGACGCAUUUAUGAAACCAUUGGGGACACUUUGAUGAAAAUCUGCAUAAUUCCCAACAGGAAACUGUGGGAUGCAAACUGAUUUUCUAUCCAAGCCUCACAGUUACAACCGAAUUGUGUCCUAAAGCAACACCCAACAGGAAAAACAAAAAACCAGACCAAAAUGGUACUUACUGAGGAAUCUUCACCAACGGAUGACAGAUUAUACCAAGAACUCAAAGCCUUCGACGAGUCAAAGGCUGGCGUCAAAGGCCUCGUUGAUAUUGGCAUCACCAAACUCCCUAGAUUUUUCAUCCGCUCACAAGACCAUAUCGCCGGGGAAACAACCGGAACGCAAUUCACUAUUCCAGUGGUCGACCUUAGUGAUCUUGAGUUCCGACGAGAUGAGGCGGUAUCUCUUGUUCGGCGAGCGGCAGAGGAGGUAGGGUUCUUCCAGGUGGUUAAUCAUGGUGUAGCGAAGGAAGUGUUGGAGAAGAUGUUGGAGGGGGCACGUGCGUUUCACGAGCUUCCAAGUGAAGUGAAAGAGGAAUAUUAUAGUAGAGAGAUGAAGAGGAAGGUGAAGUAUGUGAGUAACUUUGAUUUGUAUGAGUCAAAGUCUGCUAAUUGGAGGGAUACACUUUUUUGUGUUAUGGGGCCUCAGCCUCUUGAUCCUGAAGAGCUGCCUCUUGUUUGCAGGGAUAUAACAAUGGAGUACUCUAGGCGUGUUCAUAAAUUAGGGACUAGUUUGCUUGAAUUACUCUCUGAAGCCCUUGGACUGAAGCCCGACCAUCUACUAAAUUUAGAAUGUGCGAAAGGGCAUUGUCUUCUGAGUCACUACUACCCAGCAUGUCCAGAGCCUGAACUUACUAUGGGCACUACCAAACACUCUGAUCCUGAUUUUCUCACCAUCCUACUUCAGGACCAUAUUGGUGGACUCCAGAUUUUCCAUCAAAAUCAGUGGAUCGAUGUUCCUCCUGUGCCUGGAGCUCUGGUAAUAAACAUUGGAGAUCUUUUACAGCUUAUAUCUAAUGACAAGUUCAGAAGUGUGGAACAUCGCGUAUUGGCAAAUCAUAUAGGCCCCCGGGUAUCUGUGGCUUGCUUUUUGACACUACAUUUUUACCCAUCGACCAAGAUUUAUGGCCCAGUCAAGGAACUGUUAUCAGAACAAAAUCCUCCUGUAUACCGUGAGACCACACUGCAAGACUUUAUUGCCUACUAUGAUUCAAAAGGACUUGAUGGAAAUUCUGCUCUUACUCAUUUCAAGUUGCUAAGGUAGCCUUAAAUAAAUGAGGUUGGCUUGGUCAUGAAAUGUUUAAGAAUCUGGAUGCCAGACCUGAAUUGAUAUUGAAAAUAUUGUAAAAUUUCUAUCCAUAGUUUGGUGAUCGGCGACAAUGUAUUUCAUAAUAACUGAUUGAUAUGAAUUGUCUUGUUAAUUAGUAA